AAGUAGGAUGAAAAAUCAGACGCGCUUAAUUCUCGAUCGACUGUCGUUCUGUGACGUUGUAUCGCUCUUGGUAAGAAGAUGGCUCGUACGAAGCAGACCGCACGUAAAUCUACCGGAGGCAAGGCUCCCCGAAAACAACUGGCAACUAAAGCAGCUCGUAAGAGUGCUCCUGCCACUGGUGGAGUAAAGAAACCUCAUCGUUAUAGGCCUGGAACAGUAGCUCUUCGUGAGAUCCGUCGCUAUCAGAAAAGUACUGAAUUGCUGAUCCGUAAACUGCCAUUCCAGCGUCUCGUUCGUGAAAUCGCCCAGGACUUCAAGACUGAUCUCCGUUUCCAAAGCUCGGCUGUUAUGGCAUUGCAGGAGGCUAGUGAGGCUUACCUCGUUGGUUUAUUCGAAGACACCAAUCUCUGCGCCAUUCACGCCAAGCGAGUUACCAUCAUGCCUAAAGAUAUCCAGUUAGCUCGUCGCAUUCGUGGAGAGCGUGCUUAACUUCAAAGUACUGCGAAAAAAAAA